AUGGCAUUUUAUAUUGAUAUAAUUAAUGGUAAUUAAAAAGAGAGCUAAAAAGCAAAAAGUGUUAUGUACAUCUAAAAGAAUUCUAAAAUAAUGAAAUAAGAAAGUUAGUUUUAACAGUGCAACUGCAUUCUCCUAAUAACCUAGAAAGCUAUUUCGAAGACUUGGAGAAAAAAAGAAAGGAAUGAGGGAAUUAAGAAAGAUCAAAAGAGAAAUUCCAAAAAUAAACAAGAAAGCCAAAAGACAAAUAAGGAGAACAAUAAGAAGAUUAAAUUGAAUUGCCAAAUACAGAUUAAGUUAAAAUUUCAGCUGAAGAUGAAUUUAUUUUAUCUUUAUUUAUGGUCGGAAAUAAUGCAAAAAAUACUUAAAUUAUGGAUGAUUUCUGAAAGAAAUGUAAGAAGAUGAGUAAAAGAAAUAUUAUGAGAGUAAUAACCCAAAAGUAGUUUGUGUAUAUGAAAAGUAUGAAUUUAUAAAUAAAUAUGUAGUGUAGCAGAAUUAAUGAAAACAUGUAAACUUACAUAACCAUUCCAUCUCAUUCCUAAAUUAGAAAAUUGGAAAUAAGUGUUCGAAUUGACCAAAACCUUAAGAAUGGUCUCCUUAAGCAAUUUUUACCUUCAGUUAGAUUAAGUAUUCAAUAAGAUAAAAUAUUAAAUGUUCAUUUAUAUAAUGUAUUAAUUAAAGCUAUUAAGCCAUAAGCAUGGUUCAAAUCAAUAUUGUUUCCAUUAUGUUUAGAGAAAAAUUUUACAUUAAAAGAAGCAUAAAUUAUAUUUUAAAGUUGCAUAAUUAGAUUUUACAGGUCUAAUUGUGAUUUUUAAAGUAUUAAUUGAAAAGAAUUUUUCUUUACCAGAGAGAAUAUAUUUAAUUAAUAUUUUUUUAGACAUUAGAUGA